AAGUAAUUUGCGAAGUGAACCUUGUGACACAAGCGUGCUUUGUUCGCUCCGAUCUCGUUCAAAAUGUAAUAGAUUAACUUAUCUUGUUCGAAAGCUCAUGCACUUGGCGAAAAAAGAAUCGAAUUCCAGGAUGUUGAACUGUUUCAAAGACGGAGGGAACGUUCGAGCGGUUGUGGCUUGCUUGAAGCUGUCUCGCUCUUCAUAUUUUACGUCAAAUAUCUAUUAAGUAACCUGAAAAGUCAUCAUGACAGAUAAGGAAAAAGGGAAGGAAAGCUCUCAUAACUUGAUGGUAAGUAAAUGUUUGCUCGCGUGCGAAAAUACGCUGUUUUACUGUCUUACAGCUUUUAAUGCAAUGUGCAAUACGUUCAGCUUUAUCUAUGUGAAAGUAGAAAGCCUUUGCCUUUGGGUCGAUCUUAUCAAAACUUUUGCAGAUGUUCUUGUCGGUAGCUUACUCAACUUCUGUAUGUUUUUUUUUUGUUUUCAAAGGUUGCUGUUAGAGUAAGGCCUUUGAAUGGCGCCGAAGUCGAAGAUUCAAGCUGCACCGAAAUUGUGCAUGUUUUGGACGAAAACGUACGUGUUUCUUGAAUUGAGCUGUGACAACACUAGUGAUUUCUCAUCACAAUUAAACCAUUCUGUUAUUGUGAAAGUCACGUUUGUGUAAGAAAAGCAUUGAAGAAGAGUUGAAUUGAAAGCGCGUUUUUUCUGUGGGUGCUACUCAACAGUUUUGUUCAAUCGAUAACAUACUCUUUUUGUACUCUGCCUGCUAUAUCUUAAGCUAAAAGGAAGGAAGAAAGAAAGGUUGAACAAUUAAAAUGUCCUCAACAUUAUCAUAGCUUUUGUUAUUAUUAUCAUUACUAUUGUUAUUAUUAUGUUGUUGUUAUUAUUUACUUGUGUUUCAAAAUGUAAGCUGAUCAGUGGUAUCCUUAUUUCCUAGGACAUGUAGCUAUUAUUACUGUUGUUAUAAAUAUUAUUACUUUGGCUUCCUGUUGAAGAACCCAAGUGUAAAAUUAUCCUGUGGUCAUUGAGUGUCUUCCAUGGCAUCUCUGCAUAGGGGCUGAUUGUCAGGCUCCAACAAUCUAAAAAACAGAGUUGCCUCUAAGGACAAGAAUAAUUUUUUUAUGGCCCUUAAAAGCAAACAAUACACAAUCUUAUGUCCUUCUGCAAUGGUCAAAGCCGUUAUGGAAAGUAUUUUAAUCAAAAGCUUGACAUGGUCACAGAUAUGGCAAACACUGUUAUGGCCAGUAUGCUAGAGUCACAUACAAACAUUCUUGACUAUCUCUCCAUUUCCAUUUUGGAAGCCCAAGUGAAGGCCAUCUUCUUUGGCCUCUUCUUGCUUUUAUUUUUAUUAUCAUUUCAUUAUUAGUAUUGUUGUUAUAGGUAUUACAGUCAGAAACUUAUGUGUGAUUUUUACCUUUUGAUUAUGAUCAGUGCAAAUUGCAAGAUUGUUUUUCUUUGAAUUAGGUGGUCAGAUAGGUUACCAAGCUUUCCAAAUUUUAAUGACAUUUUUCUUUUUCUGAACUGAUAUAGCUGGUGGUGUUGAAAGAUCCCAAUGAAGACCAAGAUGACAUUCUCAGAGCAAACAGAUCAAGAGAAAAGCAGUAUAUUUUUGAUUGUGCAUUUGGCCAAAAUUCAAAUCAGGUUAGUUAGAGUUUCAUGAUCAGCUCUAAUUAACAGAAUUAUUUCAAACCAUCUUUCUGGGAGUCCAAAGACAAAGUGGAUUUACACAUUUUUAGUUAAGUACAAAGCCAGAGGGGAGCCAAGUAGUAGUCAAUGUCAUUCUUUGGUAGUUUUUUCUUUCCUCUAAAUAUUGAGACAUCUACCAUAGUACUUAUAAGGAUAAUUUGUUUGUUUAUAACAUUUAAUGACAUAUUUCUUCCUAGGCUGAUGUAUACAAGGAAGUAGCAAAACCUCUGAUUGAAAACGUCAUCUCGGGAUAUAAUGCUACAGUGUUUGCUUAUGGUGCAACAGGUAAACUGUAACAUGUACUUAACUAGUGUUAGUUACUAGCUGUUUUACUCUUUACGGUGGCCAAUUUACAUUUUCAACUCAGUUGUUAACACUAAAUUACCUGCUAUACUCUCCCACUGACACAGCACCACAGUUUCUGUAGAAACUUAUCCCCUUUAUUAGUGUCUGGUCUAAUGAUAACAUAGCAGCAAAAAUUUUGGCUUGAGCUAGGGGAUUGAUUUUGCUGUGCUAAGAGAAAAAUUACAACAAUCAUCAUCUCCUAAAUUUAUUAAAAGUGAAAUGUUUGGGAAUCUGUAAAGGAUACAAAGAGAGGAAAAAGGAAAACUUAAGACUUUUUAGAACACAAAGUUUUUUUAAUUACGUAUAUUCUGUAAAUUUACCAACUUUUUUAUCGUUCAAUAAAAAGUAAUAAAAAAAGCUUUUAAAUCACUGUGAAUUAGAAACUGAACUGAUGGUUAACACUUCUUAAGAUAUUUAAUUUAAGGUGAAAUGUUUUUAUUUUUCCUGUUUAGGUGCAGGGAAAACAUUCACCAUGUUGGGUACUGACAGAGAGCCUGGUAUUAUGGCACGUGCCUUGAAUGAUCUUUUCAAUGCAAUGGACAGGACUAAGGAAGAUAUGAAAUACAAAGUGUCAAUGUCAUACUUGGAAGUAAGGAUGAAAUAUAUAAUAUUAUAAAUCUUCAUUUUGUUUUUUCCUAGUUUAUUUUUUGUUUUAUGAUGGACCAAAAAUUUAUAUUAGGGAACCCUACAUGAACAUAACUUUGAGAAUAAGUUAUUAAGCAAGGGUAGAAGGUUUGGCUGAGAAGGCACAUAAAUAAAAUGUUCUUUCCUUAAGUUAUUGUCUUAUUGACCAGUGCCUUGUGGUGAUAUUUCCAUUGUUAACAAUCAGUAUUAUGACAUUUUAUUCACAUCUGCAGUUGUGAUUGAUACUUGUUGCUUUAUCUUUACUGUUAGGAUUAAAAGCUGAUCUUACACUCUUUGUCCAUUAGAUCUAUAAUGAAAUGAUUCGCGAUUUGUUGAACCCAUCAUCUGGUUAUCUUGAACUGCGGGAAGACAGUAGAGGAGUCGUAGUGGCUGGUAUCUCAGAAGUUCAAGCCAAGAAAACAAGCGAGGUAAACAUAGUACCAUUGUUUCCCUGUAAGCGAUGUUGUAACAUCACCUCACAGACACUUAACCCUUAACAUGUAACUCCCAUGUGUGACCAAGACAGAAUUUCUCCUUACAAUAUCAAUACAAUGUCAAGCAGAUGAGUAAUGAGAAUAAAGAAAAAUCGUAAUUAGGGGACUAUAAGUUGAUCCAAUGCCAAAUUCUCCAAACUAAAAUCACAAGAGCUAUAUGGGAAACAGUAAGGAGAAUUACUAAUAAAAUCUUGGGAGUCAAAAGGUUGACUGGGGCUUAAAGUGGUUAUCUGAUGGUGUGCUUUAUUUGUGACUGCAUCUACCUUUGGAUUGUACUUGACCAGAGUUGUGUAGAUUUUGUCAAUAUUUUCUCCCUGAGUCUGUAUUGUCCUUUGUCAUUAUCUUUAUAUUGUUUUUUAUCACUCAAAUUUAGGUUAUGGAUUUGCUUAUGAUGGGAAACAAACAAAGAACAAGUGAACCUACUGCUGCCAACAAAACCUCUUCAAGAUCUCAUGCUAUCCUUCAGGUAGGGACCAAGAUGUUAUAUGUUGUACCAUACUAAAUUUAAAUUGUUUUUCUUUAUUAAAGGGCUCAUGUAGACUUGCACAUUUAUACCAAGUUUGCAAAUAGGAGUGUUGUCAUGUGUCCAAGUUCAUGAAUUCAUUUUAUGCUUCAUUCUGGUGGAGAUGUUAUUUUUUUACACAGUGUCAUUUUUUAUUAAUAUUUUGUAGGUAACAGUCACUCAGAAGAGUCGUGUGAAGAACACUAUUGAUGAAUUCAGAGUGGGGAAACUUUUUAUGAUUGAUUUGGCUGGAUCUGAGAGGGCUGCGCAGACUAAGGUACUCAGGCUUUCUUUGUUGAUGAUGCCAAUGCAAAUGCAUUCAUUGCUUCUUUUUUAGUAGCAUGGAGAAUAUCUUGUGGUUUAGACUUUUUGGAAUUUUUUCGUUUUAAAUUUUAACAGUAGAAAUUAUUUUGAUUCCAGAAUCGUGGUAAGAGAAUGAUAGAAGGGGCACAUAUCAACCGUUCCUUACUUGCUUUGGGAAACUGCAUCAAUGCUCUGAGUAAGUAAUGCAGUAAUGGAAGAUAAGCUGGUGCAUUUGUAAGCUUGUGUAGCAGUUCCUUGGCAAAGAUGGCAGUUUGCUGAUCAAAGGAGGACAGAGCUGUAUAUUGAAUUUAUUUCUCUUCUUUUGCAUCAGUCCCUCCUUACCACUUGCUCUUUGUUCUUGCUUACCUGCUACACAAACUAUAUACAUUAUACAUUUUUACAUUUUAAGACAAAAAUGGAAUAGUUUUUACUUAAAUAAUCACUGAAUUGGCUUAGCCACACAUUCACAGCACUUUUUCUUUACUUUAUUUAUUAAUGUAAGUCAGGUGGCUCUCCCAUAAGCCCAGUGGCUUCCUGGGUCUCUUUGCCUUCUAGCCAUAACCGCUGUAAAUAAAUUUUUUGUAUUGUGUAAAUAAGGCAAAUAAAAUAUGAUGAUGAUAAUGAUAUAUAUGCACCCUUGACUGAAGUUUCUUGGAUGCAAAUAUUUUUUCCCUGUAUUUCUUUGAUUAUUGAUUUUUGCAUUGUAUUCUUCAAAAAUUAAUAUUAUCAAUUUUAAGAUCUACACAGGUUUUCUGGUUGAGCAACCAGGAAGUUGUUAAUUGUUCAGAAAAUAAUUUUAGAAUACUGAAUGUUGUCUUGCCUUUCUUUGACUCUCCUCAGGUGAAAAUCGAGGGCAUUAUGUCAACUAUAGAGAUAGCAAACUGACCAGACUUUUAAAGGUACAGUUCAUAUAGUAUGUAACCUUUUUGCUGCCAGAGCCCAAUUAAGAGUUCUCCUCAUUGUUUGUCGUACAACUCUUAUGCUUAGAAUUGCAUUGUUGUUAUUUAGAAAAAAGCCAGUUUGGUCGUUCUUGAGAGGGUUAACCCCCCGCCAUUUAGCCUUAAAAUGAAGGAGAAGAAUAACAGACUUGCUUAUUGCAGCAUUUCCUAAAAAGUUAGGCUGGAUUGUUAACAUACUGAGAGUUGUUGGUCCCUUUGCAAGGAUAAGCUUCUCAUUCCAUGGAGAAUAAUAAAAGCUGUUAGCCUGCUGUUAGCCUGCUGUUCGGUGCUCUUUCAUGUGGAACAAAAUGCACUAGAAUGCUUCUGCUUUCAGAAGAUUUAAAUGUGGCUUCUUUCAAGUAGUCUGACACUCCUAAAACAUUUUUAUCUUAUCUUAACAUUUAGGAUUCUUUGGGUGGUAACUGUCGCACAGUCAUGAUUGCCCAUGCAAGUCCAGCAAGUGGAUCAUAUGAGGAAACUCGUAACACACUCCUGUAUGCAGAUAGGGCCAAGAACAUAAAAACUAAUGUAAGUGUAAACUUUUUUUCGAAACGCAAUUACUUUGUACAGGCGCCAAGUCUCCCGAGCCAAGUUUGAAGCAAACGUCAGAGGCAUGUUAAUACAAUACUGUGUUUUUUCUUGAAAACGCUCUAUCACGGGUUCAAAUAUCUCAUAAACUCAUUACAACAUUUUGAUUCAAUUGAUAGGUGAAGCCAAAUCAGUUCAGCGUAUCCUACCACAUUGCACAGUACACCAACAUCAUUGCUGAUUUAAGAAAAGAAAUAUUUCGUCUCAAACUCAAAAUCUCUGAACAUGAUGCGGACAAAAGUAAUGAAAGUUCAAGUAAGUUGGCUUCCAUUUUUAUCGAAAAAUUUUGAAUUUGAUGCCUAUUUAUUUGCCAAAAAACCAUUUGGAAAGCCUGGAGCUAGCUGUUCUGUGUUUUUUGCACAAUGGCCUCCUUCCUUUUUCUACUGUCCACAAGAUCGAGGGACUCCAAAGUGUGCUCGGCUCCCAAGUUUUUAAAUAUUUUUAAGGAAAAUUUCAGGACUUUUUAACUUCUCCUUUGACAAAGAAACUAUGAUUUUCAAAUUACUGAUCUAAGGUAAAAACAAAGUGACCUCAUUCCCUUUGUGUUAAUUUGGCAGAGCAACAAAAAGGCAAGAAUCCGGAAGCGAUGAAUAAGUUGCGGGACCAACUCGUCAGUACGUUUAAAGAGCAGAUGGAUAUCAGGUUAGUAAAGACGAUUUGGAGCAAACUUCAAAACACAUACGAAUUAUGGACAUAUUUACUUGACAUUUGGAGGGAUACCUCUUGUGCAAUGUUAGUUCCGUUGUCCCAAUUUCCUGUCGGUAGUAAAAUUUGCGUAUCAGUUCGUACAUUUUCGUGCGUUCCUACCACUUCAAGGUUGACUGUGUUUUGACUUAUUGUGAUAACAAGCUAAUAAAUCAUCGACGUUGAGACGAUAAGUUGAAAGACUAUUUGUUCUUACACUUCGGCCAGAAAUUCUGAUUGAUCUUCAAAAUGCCAUUGACAUAAUGAACCUGCUAAGCUCUUCCUGUACAACUGAGCUGAUAAGUUAGAAAAAUUGGAACUGAAAUAUCUUCCAUUUAACGUUUGGUGUGUGCUGUUCUUGUCUGAAAGUAUCUUUGCUGGUCACAUUUCAGGCGCAGAUUGAUAGAACUUGAGGACACUGCCAUGCAGAUCUCACUUGACAUGAACCGAUACAUGCUGGUGAUAGAUGAGUAAGUGUGCAUAAAAUUAAAAAGAUUGGGGGGGGGGGGUAAGCUGAGAAGGGAACAAAAACGCAAUGUUUUUGAUGUUAUUUCGAAGAAUUCUGUGCGAGGCUUAAUAAAGAAGGAGGAAGGGACUCUAAUUUUUGAAUUUGUUAAGUAAGAAACCCCUUAAAUACUGAAUAUACCUGAAAAAAGGAUGGGUGUUAGAAUUCGUUAUCACUAAUUUCACGAUUUCGGUGUAGAUGGGAACAAGAGAAAGCCAGGAGAGGUGUGCGUAAAACUACCAGAAACUCAUCUGGGAAACCUAACGUUUCUGAGGUGAGGAACGACUUGGGAACUGCGGCUUCUUCCGAAAAUGAAAACAGAGUGAAAGGCGAUGGGUCAUUAGCAGAAGACAAAAACAUCCUCGGCGAAAACCUCCGCGAAGGGACAACACUGUCCAAUAUGGACACUGUGGAAGAUGUUGAAAGCAAAGACAUGGACACCGAAAAGGAUAAAAAGUCAGAAGCACGCCAAGGUGCAAAAAUCGCAGAGCCUGAAGAAGUAUCUUUUGCGCGAGAGGAAAUCACAACACUGAUUGCAGAGGAAAAACGCACGUCUAAUCUCAAAGUAGAUCUUCAGGAAAAGCUUCAGCAGACACGAAAGGAGGUUGAAGCUUUGGAAGAGCUCUUACCCAAGAAGAUAAGCAGCGAAGAGAAUCGAGAAAUCUUGGGUCUUCUGUGCAAGGUUCACGAGCUCGAAAUUACCAAUGCUGAGCUCCAGUCGAACUCGUUACUCAGGGAGAACUUGCUACGACAAAAGGACUUGGAGAUGAACAAGUAUGAUUCACGGCAGCGGUUGUGUGAUGAAAUUAUUCAAAUGCAGAGAUCUGUUAUCAACGGUAAGCUUACAAAAUAUGGUAACAUAGGGCUUUUUAAUCGUGCAGCCUAAAAUCACAGCAACUUAUCGGAAAAAAGGAAAAUUAUAAUUCAGCAAUUUACAAUUAAAUGCAAAUUCCUUUCCUUAUGCCUGUUAGAUUCUGGAGUGCAGUGUUCUGCAGAGCUUGAAGCACUUUAUGAUGUGUACAUGGAGCAAUCAGCUGACUUUGAGCAACGCGAGAGCAGUUCAAGCGAGCAGAAGAACGGGGAAGGCUCUUUGAACACGUUACAAAAGGUAAACCGCGCUUGAUCGACAAUACUUCAGGCAUUCGUUAAAAAAUCGGCUUCUUGUGGGCUUGGGAACUCGUACCUGGAAGCCUAGCAUGGUAGGCACGAGACAAUCCAUAGGUAUCCAUAGCAACCCACAGGUAGAAAACACUCCCGCACCUACAGACUAAACCUUGGCCUACCUGGCCCAAUGAUGACCUUCAAGGACAAGCUCUUUUUUCUUUUUUACUCUUUUCAGUGAGAAGGGUGGAAAUGAAAAAUCUACAGGUUACAAAACUCACAUAAAAAAUUUAUAUGAAAAGAUCGAUCGACUGCAGGCAGCAUGUGGUCUGUUCCUAUGAAAAUUGCAGGUCGCAAGCAAAGACGCGUGAGAUCUUGUCAUCCACAUCUGAAGAAUACUUUUUGUCCGCAUUUGAGUCUACCUGAAUGAUGCAUUUGAUUUUUUUAUGUUGUUGUUUAUAUCAGGCUUCACUUCUUGCCGGAAUAAAUCGCCGAAUGAUGCCCUUAGCACGAGAGAAGUUAUGUAAGUACUAUAUGCAGUAUUCUAGUCGCCGUUGUACUGGACUGUAAAGAUUUCUGUGAAUAGGAACUAUUUAGAACAUUUUCCCGUAAAGGUUUGAUUGGUUGAAUCGUGCUGGUCCAGCUCCUGUAAAUCUAGUGUUUUAAUUUUCGGUGAUUUUUAUUUCUCUAAACCAAUGAUUGUCGCGAAUUCCUCAACGAAACUCUUGUGGUGUCGCAACGAAGGUCCAAGGUUCUCUAGAAGGAGCAGUGGCAUUUUCUCACAAAGUUUCCAUUGUUAGGUCAGGAUGAACUAAGUUACCUUCACCUUGUCUUUUACAGUCACAUUCAGCAAGUUGUCGCCUUUGAGUGAGGAGACACCUUCUCGUCUGGUGUCACUUCAAAACUCACCCGUUAAGAUGUCACGUACCACACCUUCUGCUUGCACACAGAUUUCGGAUGACGUGUUCACACGGGAAAUCAGGUAACAUAUCUUCUUGUGUUUAACCUUUUAUCUUCCAUGAGUGACCUGGAGAGAAUUUCUCCUUACAAUAUCAGUACAAUAUCAAGCAUAGAAGUGAUGAGAAUGAAGAAAAAUAUCAAUCAGGGGAUUAUUACUUAAUCCAGUACCAAAUUUUCCAAAUUGACAACAUAAGAAUUUUAUGUCAGACAGUAAAGAGAAUUACCAAUGAGAUCUUGGGAGUGAAAGGAUUAAGAGUUCUGCUGAGGAAGCGUUCCAGAAAAUGUAAUUGCAAAUAUAUGCUUACAUUUGAUUUUUUUUAGUUCUCCUCUAUCGUUGCCCACACCCAAGAAAACGAAAAAGCUUCUGAGCCAUACUGACGACGGUGAAAGCAUACGCAGUUCGCCUACCGUGUCCUCCGUAAUGGAAGACUUGCACGAAGAGGUGGAGCUCGCUACCCCAGCCAGCCCUGUGUUUGCCCGAACGCGAAAAAUCGCUCAGAUCGCUGCACGCCGUCGAGGUGGCCUGGAUAAGAGUCCUAAAACUAGCAAUAAUAGACUAGGACCUGGUAGAGAGCUCCCUACAAAGUCUAGUUCUGUCACGGACAUGCGCGUGCCUGAUCAGGCUCCCGAAAGUCAAAGUGUACAGAGGGACAAAAGACUCUCGGUCAAGGCUUCGCGAAGUAUGAGUGAUUUGUCUACAAUUGACAAAAGAACAGGAGACGUUUCAUCUGAAGAGGCGCCACCAGCGGACAAACCGAAGGGGGCUGGGAGGAGCAAAAUAAAAAAUGCCCCUCAAAGGAAGCCCAAGAGGUUACGUUCCGCAUCGUUAGAUGAGUCUAAAGUUUUGAGAGGUGAGUUUUAUGGCGUCUCUACCCACUCACUCCUGUAAAGGACGAAGCAGAUAGUGACGUAUUUAUGUUUCUAUAUGUUUGGGCUAUGCCCUAUCGACAUAACUAACCCCAACACUAUACAGAACGUUUGCAACAUUAGGACUAUCUUUUCAAGAAUUCGUUGUGACUUAGUGGUGGAGUAUUCCACCGUUAAUACGGAGGGUCACUGGUUGGAUUUCUCAAUGGGUUCUGUUACUUUAAAUUCAUUUAAAUGUCAGUGGCAAAUGGACAUAGCAUCUUUAAAGACUGAAAUAGUUUCUCUUUGUGUUGAAUUUUUUUUUGAAAGUUUUAUUGAAAUGUUUUUUUUGUAUUAGCAAUUUUCUACCUGUCAUUUAUUCGGCCCGCCGUGUGAUGCGAUGCUAGUAACCACCACACAGCAGAUUUUUACCUAGAGUCCAAAAAAAUUUUCAUACCAAAAAAAAUAGAAAGGCUGAGGAUGCUAAUUCCAUGUGCUUUGACUUACUUUUGUUCAGUGAAACCUCGGCGCACUCGUAAAGAAGAGUUACAAGAGGCGGCAAGACAAAAAGUGGCCGCUGCAUUGGCGCAGUCAAAUACAAGGAGCAGAAUGUAUGGGGGACAUGGCACAGAAGGACACAAAGCCAUCAGGACACGACAAGCCAGAGCAACGAGUCUCUCCAAGCCCAUCUCAGAUACAGAAAGUGGAAAAACAUCGGCGAAACCUUCUGUUUCUGCCGCCAGUAAUCCAUUAGAUGGUAAAUGUUUUAUCUGUUUUAUAAUAUUCUUCCAUUUGUGGUUCACCCCACAGGUUUUCUUAUUACCAGGGUCCUUCUUCCCUUUGUCGAGCACUCCAAGAAACGGCUCUUAAAGAGACUGAACCCAAUACCUGUUUGAUUCGUCUCCUUUACACAAUCUUCGCUUCUUCCUUCCUACUUUACCUUCUUCCUCUAUUUCCUUAUGAUUAUUUAAUUAAGAGUUGCUCUCUGUAAACUUUUUCUGUCAUUGUGAUUCUCAGGAGAGGUGCAAACAUUCUGGACAAACGUGACUCCGCCGUCUACUGUCCAUCAGCAUGGAGUUACUUAUGGUAAAGGGCAUACUAUCCAAAAGAGAUACCGUGCUCCUCCUGAGAUCAGCGGAACGGAUUCGAGCCAAUCCACUCCGAGGCUCAAACCAAGGAAAAAGCCGUCGAAUACUGGUACGAGAUCCGUCGACGAACUAUCAGUGAGUGGUAUUGCUGUGCGUCCCUCCAAACAGGCUGCAGGUGUGCGCAGAAGUUAAUUAUAGCUACUACUGAAGGUCCUGUCCUAAAUGUUUCAAGAAAAGAACUUGUAGAAGUUAUAGUGGAUAUCACUACUCAGUAGACCUUCUACUUCCUUUUUCUAUG